CAGAAUCCUCGCAGACUUUUUAGCUGUUGUCACGUGACAUCAAACGAGACUAAAAUGGCGAGCAAGGCAGGGAGAGCUGGAUCAGAAUGGAUCAAGUAUUUCUGCAGCACUCAUUUUUGGGGUCCAGUUGCCAACUGGGGGAUUCCAUUGGCAGCAAUAGCAGAUGUUGGUAGGACACCAGAAAUUAUAAGUGGGAAAAUGACAACAGCUUUAUUCAUCUAUUCUGCACUCUUCAUGAGAUUUGCUUGGAAGGUUCAACCAAGGAAUUUGUUGUUAUUUGCCUGCCACUUUACAAAUGAUUGUGCUCAGUUGACUCAGGGAGGCAGAUUUAUAAACUAUCAUUAUAUCAUGACAGAUGAAGAAAGAGAAGAAUAUCUGUUAAAAUUACACCCAGAAAAGGAAAAGGUCAAGGAAGAAAAGGAAACAAGCAGCAAUAAAGAAGACACUGGUGUAUAACAGUUCCUUAGUUUUAUAUAGGCUACUGUUUUAUGUGUAAUUAUGUAAUGAUAUUAACAAACAUGCAUGUUUAACUUCAGUGGUGUGUUAAGUUUUAUUUGUCAUAUUUAUGUGUGCAAAUAUAUAUAUGUUAAAACUUCAGAUUUCUAUAAUUAAGAAGAGGGUCCACUUUCAGAUUUGUUCACUUGUGAUGAUACAAAGUUGUGGUUUUAAGUUUUUGUGUCAUAAUAUUUGUAAAAGUUAGACAGACGAUUUUUAGGAUUUUUAUCAUAAAUAAAAGUAUGAAGAUCAAGUAAAAGCUCUAAUGGUAAGACUUACAUCCAUGAAAAAAAGUAUAUUAUAGUGGAACGUUGAACGUAUGUUUUCAUCCAAGAAUAAUUGUAAAAUAUGAAUAUGCCCAUUGCAAAGAAAGAUAUUUGUGAAAGAAAAGAGGCGCAGUUUGCUAGCAAAACAUUUUAAUGAAACCCCUAUCCCUGUCAUGCAUUUUUAUAGCAUUAUUUUUUAGGGUAAAAUCAGUUUUGGGUUAUUAUUCCCAUCUCUGUUAAAUUAUUAAGGCUAUUCUUUAAGGUGCUGUUAAUUAGCUGAAGCAAUUUAUUUUUUAAUGUAUCUGUUUAUUUUUUAGGCCAACAUUCUGUUGAAACUUGGUACACAGUUGUUGAGAUUUGACCAUGGUGAAAGUUUUUAGGAAUGUCCCUGAUUUCAGGAUUUUUAGUCUUCAUUUUUUUUUUUUUUCUGAUAUGGUUUAAAUGCGAUUAGAGCAAGCUACUUAUUAAGGAUUUUCAGUUUUUUCAACUUUCACCUAUGGAAUUUGACAUGGUAGUAGCUGCAUUUGUACUGCAUAUGCUAACAGACGUCCUAGUCUACUAUCGAUAUAUAUUAACAUAGUACUAUAUUAAGUAAUAAUAUAAGAUACAGCUGAAUAUAACUUUUACGUAGCAUUGUCUUUAUAAUUUGCAUUUGAGCUGCUCAUGCCACCUUUGUUUUUUUAACAAAGUUCAAUUCAAGGUUUUCAUUGUUUAUUCAAAUAUUUUUCUUUUCAAAUGAGUCUGACAGUAAGUGUUUGUAACUGUUACUCACCUUGAAUUGAAGAAAAAUAGUUCGGGAAGAAUGUUCCUAGUAGCUAGCAUUUAUUUGAUUUGCAACAGGUAGUGCAUUUUAAUGUCAUGCUGUGUAAUACAGAUCGGCAGUGGAAGUGUGAGCACAUGCAGUGAAGAAUCAAUUAUCAGGGCAGGUAAUGGAUAUAUGUGCUACACCUGAUAUAUACAUUGCAGGCCAUUGGUGCUGUGCAUGUUAGCUGUGAUGUAGUGGGUGACUUUAUUGUCAUGCUUGCAAUUGGCAUAAUUUGACCUGAAAUACACAGAGGUCACUGAUGUAGGUAAAAAAGCCAGGAUGAUCGAUUUGCCAAGAAAAACAUGGUUACGUAAUCCUACGUAAUCCAUUGAUGCUUUUGUUCACAUUGAUUUAAGUUAACGUGAACACACCUGCGAACAUGGUCUGUAGUCAUAUAGCUAUUCUUUUUAAAUCUAGUUUGCUUGAAAAUGGCAUUUAUUGUGAGCAUUUUUAAAAACACUUUUGGGUUUGCUUUAUUGAUAUUUUCUUAGUGCAUGCUGUAGCUCCUGCCUAAAGCAGAUAUCUGUUUUCAGUUCUCUCUCCAACGGAAUAUGAAGUCACCAUAUUUUGAUUGCUUGUAUACAUGUAUGUACCAGUAAGUUUUGCAUGAAGAGAAGGGGUUAUAUAUAUGAAGUCAGCAUUUCAUUGAAAUGGUGUUUACAGAGUCUUAUAUCUG